GAAAACAAACAAGCCAUUGUCAAAUUGGUAACUUGUCAGAGGAAUCGAUCAGGUGACGAUGAUGAUACUGAUUGUGAGACGAGCAAAGCAAGGAGAAAAGAGGUCAUGGACAUUGCUUCUUCUUCAUCAUCCGCUGCUGAUAACCCCCCACGUCGAGGAAAGUAUGAUGUGUUUCUCAGUUUCAGAGGUGAGGACACCCGCCUUGGUAUUACCAGCCAUCUUCAUGCUGCCUUAAUUCAGAAGAAAAUUGAAACCUACAUCGAUAACAGACUUCAGAGAGGAGAAGAAAUCGGACCUGCCCUUCUAGAAGCAAUCGAGAAAUCCACCAUUUCGGUGAUCAUUUUCUCACAAAACUAUGCUUCUUCCUCAUGGUGUUUGGAUGAGCUUGUGCAUAUACUCAAAUGCAAGAACAGAGAAGGCCGGAUGGUUAUACCCGUAUUCUACGACAUCAAUCCAUCUGAUGUACGAAAACAACACGGGAGUCAUGAAGUUGCAUUUGCUCAACUUGAAAAACGUUUCGAUAAGGACAAGGUGCAGAAGUGGAGGGAUGCUUUGACGACUGCAGCCAAUCUAUCUGGGUUUGAUCAUUCAAACAAAUCUGGGACGGAGGCAGAUCUAAUUCAGAAAGUUGUCGAUCAUAUUUGGACCCAAUUGUGUCGUGAAUCAUCCUGCGAUUUAAAGGGCUAUGUUGGAAUUGAAAGCCGCAUCAAGAAGAUAGAAUCGCUAUUAAGCAUUCAUUCACCAGACGCUUGCAUCACUGUAGGUAUUUGGGGAAUGGGUGGUAUUGGCAAGACCACCCUUGCCGAAACUGUAUUUCACAGACUCUCUUCUAAAUUCGAAGCUUCUUGUUUUGUUAAGAAUGUCAGGGAGAACUCAGAAAAAGCUGAUGGACUAGAUCACUUGGAAAAAACACUUCUUAAAGAGAUAUUAAAGGAAGAAGGUCUAUCCAUAGGAGCACAUGGUGUUCGAAAAAGGCUCAGCCGCACAAAGGUUCUCAUUGUUCUUGAUAAUGUGAGUAGUUCAAUGCAAAUGGAACGUUUAGCUGGCAGUCGUCUUCAGUUUGGCACUGGAAGUAGAAUCAUUAUCACAACUAGAGAUAGGGGCACACUUGGAAAAACUAUUGAAGAGGAUAAUAUCUACAAGGUUGAGGUAUUAAAAUCGAAUGACUCUCUUCAGCUCUUCAAUUCGCAUGCUUUCAAGGAUAACAGUACUUGUAGAACAGAUUAUAAGGAGUUGGCAGAAAAGGCGGUGGCUUAUGCCAAAUGCGUUCCUUUAGCUCUUAUAGUUCUGGGGUCCUUGUUCUUCAAUUGCAAGAGCAAAGAAGAAUGGGAAGAUGAAUUCAACAAAUUGAAACGAUUUCCCAUCGAAGAUAUCCAGAAAGUGUUGAGAAUAAGUUAUGAUAAAUUGGGAGACAAUGAGAAGGAUGUAUUUUUGGAUAUAGCAUGUUUUCAUAAAGGGAAGUCUGUGGUUGAGGUAAAACGAAUGUUAGAUGUUCGUGGAUUCUUUGCGACAUCUGGAAUUAGAAUUCUCAUUGAGAUGUCUCUCAUAUCAAUUGAUUCAAAAGGAGGAAUGGAAACUAGAGAGAUGGACAAUUUGCUACAAGAAAUGGGAAGGGAAACCAUAGAGAUGCACGAUUUGCUACAAGAAAUGGGAUGGAAAAUUGUUCAAGAACAAGGUAUUAAAGAUCCCGGUAAACAGAGUAGGUUGUUCAAUGAUGAGGAUGUCUAUCGUGUAUUGAGGAGUAACACGGAAACUCCAAAUGUUGAAGCCAUAGAGUUGUAUAAUCUUCAAGAGCGACCGUUGAAACAUGCAGACUUCAAAAUAUGUCUAACCUAAUAAUGCUAAGCUCGCUUGGCAAAUUGACCGAUUCUCUAGAGCUUCCCGAUUCUCUUCGUUAUCUUUACUGGCUUAGUUAUCCACUGGAAUCUUUACCGUCAAAUUUUUGUCCGGAAAAUCUAGUUGAGCUUCAUAUGCGAUAUAGCAAAGUUAAG